AUGGAUAAAGGCAUUCACGGCAGGAGGCAUCUUUCCGCAGAGUCGGCCGACAUGGAGCACGGGGACGGCCCUGGCGGGAAGCAGCGGGAGGAGGAGGAGAUCAGCGACUCCGAAUCAGGCUCUGAGUCACUCGAGAUCUCCGACCUCAAGAAGCGCAUGUGGAAGGACCAGAUGCUGCUCACGAGGCUCGAGGGCCGCGCCGGCGCCAGGGGCGCGGCGCCGGCUCCAGCUGCCCGCGCAUCCCCCUCUUCGUCGUCGGGCCAGGAGGAACCCCCCGACGUGCGGUGCCGCCGCAAGGCCAUGCUGCGCGCUCAGGACGGCGUGCUCCGGCACAUGCUCCGGAUGAUGGAGGCCUGCAACGCGCGCGGGUUCGUGUACGGCGUCAUCGACGAGGCCGGCGAGCCCAUGUCCGGCUCCUCCGACAGCCUCCGCGGCUGGUGGAAGGAGAACGUGAGCUUCGACCGCGCCGGCCCAAUGGGCCUGGCCGGCCCCAUGGGGGAGAGCCCGGUCGCCCUGGCCUCCUCCCUUCAUCGUCUCCAGGACAUCCAAGACAGCACGCUCGGAUCCGUGCUCUCCGCGCUCAUCCAGCACUGCGAGCCGCCGCAGAGGAGCUUCCCGCUGGAGCGCGGCCUGGCGCCGCCGUGGUGGCCGACGGGGCACGAGCCCUGGUGGGGCACGCAGGGCGAGAUGCAGGCCCACCAGGGCGUGCCGCCGUACCGGAAGCCGCACGACCUGAAGAAGGCGUGGAAGGUCUCCCUGCUCAGCGCGGUGAUCAAGCACAUGAGCCCGCGCUUCGACCAGAUGCGCAAGCUCGUGUGGCAGUCCAAGCGGCUGCAGCAGAAGAUGAGCGCCAAGGAGUCCGAGACCUGGUCCAAGGUGCUUAGGCAGGAGGAGAAGCUUAGCAGCCGGCUAAAGAGCUCGCUGCGGAUCACGCCGUUCGAUCAGGAGCAGGCGGAUGAGGAAGACGACGACGAGGAGGUGAAGAAGAAGAAGGUUGGGAAGGACAGGGACGACGAUGGCCUGGAGAGCGUUGUGCGCGGCGCGCAGGACAAGCGCAAGCGCGAGAUCUCUCGCAGCGGCAGCUCGGGUGGGAGCGGAUCAGAACUGACCAUAAUGCUGCCGGAUCAGCUCGCUGCCGCAAUCACAGAGGAGAGCCGGAGCCCGAUCGACGAGCUCAUGAAGCUGUACUACGGCUGCAUGCAGGGUGUCGAAACCUAUGGUGACCGGGAAAAGGACGAUCUGCCGCCGAUGCAUUCCGUACUGCUGGGCGGCAUAGAUGAGGUGGCGCAGGAUGUGCUCUUUGAUAUCAUAGGGAGCUGCCCCGAAGUAGAUCAUGUGCUGCGCUUGAUGGGAGAGUGA